GCAGUGUUCGCACCGUAGUGCAACUCUUUAACUCGGGUUCCCUUCCUCAACCUAGUCCAACCCAAAUCAAAAGUAUGGUGUGGUCGGUUCGUCAACUUAGCCGCCAAGAAAUUGGAGACGGUUUUGCGCUCUUUAACCGUGAUUUACUUUAUGACUUAAAACCCUUUAUAUUAGCUAUUAUGGAGGAAAAAAUAAAUACGAAAGAAGAAACUGAGGCUCAAAUUCUUCCCGCUUCCCGCUUAAUCCAACAAACUUUUAAUCAACUAACCGUCAUUGACUCGUCACAAAUUCAACAACUCCAAACGGAAAUCAAGCAAUUACAAGCCCAGAUUAAUUCCUUAACCGAACAGUUAAACCAAAAUUCUCCUCUUAGCCAACAAAUUAAUAAACAGAACAAAAUUAAAGACGCCGAAAGACAAUUAUUUGCUAAAAAAAGAAAAUUAGAAACUAUUCAGCAAUCAAGCCCAGAAAAAUUAAAGGAAAAUUCUGCCAAAUCCGUUCAACUUUUACCUCCUAACCUAGAAUUAGAGAAGUUAGCCCAAAAAUUAGAGCAAUUUGAUAGCAAACAACAAGAAAAUAAAUGA